GUCCGUCGGUCGCUUUUGUGUCUGUCUGCUGUCUGUCUGCCUCGCUAAGUGUCGCAUCGAUCGUCCCGCCUGCCAGCAGCCAAACACGUGCGGCAAUGCAAUCAACCCAUGCGUGGAAUCGAUCCAUCAAAGCACUGAGCCAUCCAUCCAGCCAUGGAAACUACCGGACACACCCAUACACUCACAUGCAUAUAGGCAGGCACCACGGCCGGCCACAGCACGGAAACGCGCAAAAAAGGGGACGGCACGGAGGGUCUCUGUGUCUCUCUGUGUGUGUGGGUUGCGCUGUCUGUCUGUUUGUCUUGUCGGUUAGUCUGUCCGUCCACUCACACACAUCCCAGGCAGCCCACACACACCACCCCUCCCAGCACUGACUAGCUAUCCCAUCACUGCCCCUGUACGUCCUCAAGCUCAGUCAGAGAGCGGCCAAAGGUCAGACAGAGCGGCAAUGAGGCAAGUAACUAGUGCUGGCAGAGGUGGUGUGGUGUGGUGUAGUGUGCGGGUGUGUGUGUGUUUGUCGGUUCGGCUCACCGUCUGCCAAAAAACAAAACCAAUGAUUGAUAACCGCCCAUCCACGCAAUACCAUCAUGGGUGCGGUUCGUUAUGUGUGUGGGUGUGUGUGAUCAAAACAGAUGCAGAGCUGCGCGCGUGUGGCUGACGUGUGUGUAUGAGACCGCUCUCUCUCUCCCAAAAAGCAAAAUCACUGAGAGAGACAAUACCAUACAAUACCAUACGAACGGACAGGCAGACGAGGCCACACAGCACAACAACAAACACUCAUACUCACCACAGCCAGGCGGCCACAGCAUUCUCACACAUACAGACACUCCCCCCUUCAACACGUCCAUCUGUGUAUAUGUGUGUGGUGUGUGGUGUGUGUUGGUGCUCUAUUUGGCGUGGCCGUCGCGGUCGCGCUUCUUGCCCUUGCCCUUGGACAGCUGGGCGUAAUUGAUAGGUUCCUGGCCGUUCUCCCGCUUCUCCUGCAGACGGGGCGACAUCCGCACCCCCUCCCCCCCGCCCCCGGCAGCCUGGUUGUUGCCCUGUGUGGGGCCACGGCGGACACGGCGGCGCUUGGAGCCACUGCCACUGCCACCACCGCUAGCAGCAGCGGCGGCGGCGGCGGCCGGUGCCGGUCCGUCGUCGAUGUCCAUCUUGUCAUCGUCGAUGUCCAUGUGGUCGUCGGGGAUGCCGUAGUUGACCUCGGGGAAGGGCGGGUUCGGCGGCAUCACGGGAUACCCUACGUGGGAUGGAUGGAUGAAUGGAGAGAGAGAGAGAGAGAGAGAGGGGAAGAGGUGAUGGGUGGGUGGUGGGUAUCUCUCUCUCUCUCUGUGUCUCUCUGUAUCUUUGUGUGUGGGCAAGGGGGGCAGGAGGGAGGGGGUUUGUGUCUCCUCUCUCUACCAUACGUAUACGUACCUUCAGGAUAGUUGGCCUGCAACUCGCCCAGGAAGUGGUGGUACCUGCACACACAAACGACAAGAAGCAAAGAAGAGACGUGUCCAUUCGUCCAUCUCUCUCUCUCUCUCUCUCUGUGUGUGUGUGUGUCUGUGUGUCUGUGUCUGUGUGUGUUCUCCUUGGCCCACUUACUUUUUUUUUGUCAACGAUGUCGAAGAAGGGGUGGUACAACGCCUGCACAGCCGUGAUGCGACGGUCCGGCUGAUACGGCAACAUACUGAACAUCCACACACACAACCGCAUCCACAUCACACACAUGACCCUCACCCCCGCUCCCCGCUCCCCAGCCCACCGAGUGAUCAGAUCCACCAGCAGUGAGUUGCGAUCCACAUCGGUGCGGCCAUAGGGAUGGUACCCGGCGGCCUGGGAGAUGGAGUCGUCGCUGCGGCGCAGCAGCGCCGUGAUGCCGUCGCGCGGGUCGCGCACAAACUUGGGGAAACUCUGCACACACACAGACACACAGACACACAGAGAGAGAGAGAGAUGAAUGAGUUGUGUUGUGUUGUGUUGUGUGUGUGUGUGAGGGGUGUGAGGGGCGCACAUUGAAGUGGUCGGCGUAGGUGAACGCUUCGCUGCGCGGCCAGAUGGCAUUGGUGGGCGUGCCCAGGGUGUUGAGCAUCUUCAUCAACGUCUCAAACUGACAAACAUGUGGCAACACAGACACAGACAGACACACACACGUAAACACGGACAGAUGGGCACACAGGCAGACAGGUGUGUGUGUGUGUGUGGUGUUUGGUUGUGCAGCGCACCUCAGUGUGGCCGUUGAAGGCCGGCAUGCCGCUCGUCAACUCUAUGAAGAUGCACCCAGUGGACCUGACGACGGCACGUGACCCACACACAUACACACACCAUAGUGCACAGGUCUCCUCCCUCUCCCUCUCCCUCUCCCUCUCUCUGAGUGUUGUGUCGUUCGUCGGCUGACCAGAUGUCCAGGGCAUAGGUGUACUUGAAGUCGGCCGGUCCCAUGAACAACUCGGGCGGGCGAUACCUGCACACACACCAACACACACAGAGAGAGAGAGAGAGAGAGACACUGCUGAAUGCACUGUGCGAUGCUCUGUAUGUCUGUGUGUGGGGGGGGGGGGCUAAUGGGUUGUGUGCUCACCACUGAGUGGCCACCUCGUGCGACAUCAACUUAUUCGGAAUCGUCACCGUGCGGGCCAAACCUGAGUGAGGCACACACACACACAUACACACAAACACACAGAGAGGGAGAGAGAGCAAAGAGGCCGAGUGGAUGGAUGGAUGUGUGGGCGGAUCUCUUGUGUGCGGUUACUGACCGAAGUCGGCGAUUUUGACGAUCCAGUUGUUGGUCAUGAGGAUGUUCUGCGGUUUCAGGUCACGGUGGAUGACUGCACACACACACACACACAGAGAUACGUCAGAACAUGGCUGUGGAUGGAAGAGGGGUUGGUAUGAUGUGCGCCAUAGUGCCAGGAUGGCGUACGUCCUUUGCAGUGCAUGUAGGCGAUGCCGUUGAGUAUCUGGUACAUCACGCGGGCCAACUGCUCCAGCGUCGGCACUGCACACACACCACAACACACAAACACAUAGAAACCAACACAUGAGCCCCUGCCCCUCUCCCUCUCCCUGUCCCAUGUGUGUGUUGUCGUUGUGUGUGUGUGCGUACCUGUGUUCUUGGGGAGUAGUUUGUUGGGGUUCCAGUAGGGGUAGUUGAUCUUGUUCUCCUUGGCACAGAUGGUACGGAGGCGUCCGAGGUCGCCGGCCUCGCACAGCUCGAAGAUGAGGUACACGAUGGUGGCCAUGGGGUCGGAGGGGUCCAUGUCCACCUUGUGGAGGGUGACGAUGUUCAUGUGGCCCCUCAACGCCAUCAACGCAUUCACCUGGCACACACACACACACACACGGAAAGAUGGGAGGGAGAUGGGGAAGAUGGUUGCUUUGUUGUGGUGGUCGGCUUGUGUGUGGGAUUGCCAACGUGUGGUAGGCCUCACCUCGCGCAUCGUGGUGGAUUCUAUGCCCUCGCCCCCAUUCCACUUCCUCAUCUGCACACAACAACGCACCAUAUCACACCGCACCAAAUGAACGGCGGGUGAGAGAGACGUCACCAUGAGUUCCCCCAGGAUGAUCAGUCAGUGGCGUGGUCACCUUCUUGAUGGCCAGUCGUGUGCCCUCGGGGACCUCCGUCAACGUGCGAUUCGUCACGGCAGCUACGCAGCCAUAGACACCUGCACACCAACAGAAUACGCAGACAGAGGGAAAGAAUGAAAAGGAGGUAGUACGUAAUGGAAAGCCUCAAGAAUAUGCCAAUGCAUCAGCCACGCGUCCACGCACCCACACAGAGCAAAAUGCACCAUCCAUCCGACGCAUUCCAUCCCGCCUCCCUCAGUGCAUCACGUCCCACGCCGUGUCUCACGCUUCCCCGGCUUCUCUCGCCCUCCCACUCGUCCCGCCAGCUCACCUGAUCCGAGCAUUCGAGAAAAGUGGAAGUUUUGGACCACAUAGGGGUCGUGCUCCAUGGUCUCGGCGACUUGCGCCAUCCUCAACAACCCAACGACUCGCAGAAACCUUCUCUACGGCCUUUUAGGCGGCUGGGGGCGAUACUGAUCAGACGGAAGGCACUGUGCAUGCGAGUGGCGGCGUCUCGAUCUACACGUGUUGGCCAACGCGUGAGGUCGGCUGAAUCAAUGUUACAUACAUAUUAUGUGCUAG